UAGCGGGAGUGCAACCAAAUAGGGCACGACCUUACUUGAACAGGAUCUGUUCUAUAGGUUGUACAUCUGUUUCCUAGAGUUCUAAGGAGACAGGAAUCCAAGUCUGGUUGAUGAGUCAUGACCAUGCGAUCAGAGCGUGAAUAACAGAUUGGCGGUCGUCGGACCGUUGGAUUAGUAGAGGAUCGUUCUCAGCCACUCUUCGGAUGGCUGCGAUGGUCGCAUGGUUGUCUGACAGACUGCCCACAUCAUCAUUUUUGGGCUCUGUUUGUUCUCUCUCUUUUUGCUUGGGGUGGUUAAUUCCUUGAUGCAAGGAACCUUGAGAGCAUCGUUUCGGGUGGUUAAUUCCUUAGAGCUGCAUCAUACUUUGGCAUGGAAUUCAGCCAUCAAAUCCCACGUCGACUCGGGUUUUUUUUAUUCGGCUUUUUUGUUGUACAAGGAAAUGAGAGGAGUGGGUGUUGCCCAUGAUAGUUUUACGUUUCCGAUAGUAAACCGAGCUGUUUCAUCGCUCCAAAGAGAUGUCAUUUAUGGAAAGAUGGUGCAUUGUGUUUCGACGAAAAUGGGGUUUGGAUCUGAUGUAUACUUCUCUAAUACGAUGAUCGAGGUCUAUGUGAAAUGCGGGCGUCUAGGUUAUGCUCGUAAAUUGUUUGAUGAGAUGUCUUAUAGAGAUUUGGUUUCUUGGACUUCGAUAAUUGCAGGCUAUGCUGGAGAAGGAAACAUUAGUGGUGCUUUUGAUUUGUUUCAGCAAUUGAUGGUAGAGCUUGAGCCCAAUUCAGUGACUUUGAUGGUAAUGUUGCAGGCGUGUUGUGUUGGUGAAAGCUUGACCCUGGGGAGGCAACUUCAUGGUUAUGCAGUCAAGGUCGGGUUGGUAAUAGAUGGAUCUGUACAAAAUUCAAUUUUGAGAAUGUAUACUGAGACAGGCAGCGUUGAAGAAGUUGAAAGGUUUUUCAGGGAGGUUGACCAAAGGGAUGAUGUUUCCUGGAAUACUUUGAUAUGCUUUUAUUCCAUGGAAAGAGACUUUGAAAAGUUGGUCAAUACGUUCAGUAAAAUGCAGGGUCUGGCAGCACUCAGCGUUGAGACUUUAACAUUACUAAUUUCAGCAUUUGCGAAGUCUAGAGAUAUUUUUCAAGGUGAGUGGAUGCAUUGUCUAGCUAUAAAAACUGGUUUACUGGAUGAUGUGUUGCUGACUGCUUUAUUGGAUUUUUACGCCAAGUGUGGGAAAAUAGAGAUAUCGGCACAGUUGUUCAGAGAAAUUCCUUUUCAAAAUACUGUUACAUGUGGUGCUAUGAUGUCAGGUUUCAUUCAAAAUGGUUAUAUUAUGGAUGCCAUCAAUUUGUUCCGUCAAAUGCAAGCUGCAAAUGUUGAACCUGGGGUAGAAAUUUUGAGAAUCAUUCUUGAUGCAUAUACAAAUCUGGGAGCUCUGCAAUUGGGCAAAACAGUUCAUUCUUACUUUAUAAGAAACCUGUUGAACAGUUCCAAGAAACAAACUACACACCUCGAGACCUCUAUCUUAAACAUGUACAUAAAAUGUGGAAGCAUUUCUUCAGCUAGGGUAUAUUUUGAUGAUAUAUUGGUCAAAGAUCUAGUAACAUGGACCACUAUGAUUGAAGGCUUUGGGACUCAUGGGCAAGGUUUUAAAGCCCUAGAACUUUUUGGUCUGAUGCUGAAAAAAGGAAUAAAACCAAACAGUGUCACCUUCUUGAGCUUAUUGUCUGCUUGUAGUCACUCUGGUCUUAUAAGAGAAGGCUGUGAAGUUUAUUUUUUCAUGAAAUGGAUCUGUGGUAUCGAACCUGCAUUGGAUCACUACACUUGUGUGGUGGAUCUUUUGGGUCGACAUGGAAAGCUUAAAGAGGCCUUAGCCAUAAUAGUGAAACUGGUUUUUUUUCCAGAUAGUCGGAUUUGGGGUGCUCUUCUUGCAGCUUCCAAAAUUCACGGUGACAUAAAACUCGUGGAAUAUACAGCAGAAAGGCUUUUGGAACUAGAACCUGAUAAUGUUGGGUAUCAUAUUCUGUUGAGUAAUGUACAAGCCAGUGUUGGACAGUGGGAGGAAGUUGAAGAAGUUCGGAGAGUUGUGAAUGAGGAGUAUAUGAAGAAGAAACCAGGGUGGAGUUGUAUUGAGGCAAAAGGGAUUAUUCAUGGAUUUGUAUCUGCUGAUAGAUCACACCAUCAAGUGGAAGAGAUUUAUGAGGUAUUGGGGUGUUUAGGUAGGAUGAUUCAGGAAUUUGGAAAGUAUUCUUUGGUUGAUUUGAUCCCCUGAGGUAUGCAUUCAAAUUCCUGAGGCAAAGACAUUAUCUAGUCUUGUUUGUGUCUGGAUGGUGAGACUGCAGAGGACUGAUACGAGAUCAGGCUUAAUGCCGAUGUGCAGUCGUCAGAAAGCAAGGUUGAUGCUAAAAGAAUAUGGGCUGAUAUCAAGUGUUUAUUUAGUGGAUGAAGUAGGGAGUAAGUUGGAUGCUUGGAAAGACCAAAAAAAAAAAAAAGGUCUGUAGAUUUUGGCAGCCAGAACCUAUUCAAACCACCUUCCGGUAUAGAAGCAAAUGAAGAUCACUACACUUACAAAUAGAAUGGUCUGUCCGACAGUCCUGGGAAAAUCCCAACCAGCUUAUAUUGGCCGAGAAGGAUCCUCCGCUGCAUCAAUGGUCCAAGGACCAUGGAUCCACCAAACAUAGGAUAGGAUGAUGUUAUGAUAUUGGAGUUUUUGAUUUAAUUGACGUUGACGACACAUCCUUCACAUUGCGGCAUGACAUGAUAUGAUUUUAGAUUUUUUUACAAAUCAAAUUCCACCAUAUCAACAAUAUGGAGUGUGUGAUUCGAUGGCUUGCAGGAAAAAUGACUUGUAAUAUUGUGAUUACUAGUUGGCCCAUGAAAUAAAAGAAACAUGUCAUUGAACACUCGUGUAACUGUCUGAAAGACACUUUUAUAACAUGCCAAACGGCUGUACAAGUCCUUUUUGGUUACACAA